ACGUGACUUACGUUUCCCCAUAUGGUUUGGCAGUUUCCCUUUUCCUUUUUUUUUUUGGUUAUGCCGGGUGUUUGGCGCCCUCGGCUCGUCCAGCGGCCAGUGCUUUUAGCCACUCAUUUCAAGCAUGCACCGUAAUCUACAGCCUCGCAGCGUCUGCCAUUGUUGCGCCUCAAAAACCCAUCGUUGCGCCUCAAAAACUCCAGACCAGAGCCACCGGAAAGGCCAUUGAAGAAGAAACGGGCAGACGAGAUGGAGAACUGGUCGAAGAAAUGCGGUUUCCGAACGAACAAGGAGCUGAACAGGGCAGCAGGGGUCUCCAUCAGAAGCGUCCUCAACAUGUUAAUGGAGAAUCUUGACGGAGCAGAUAGCCGACCGAUUGUUCCUCUCGGCCACGGCGACCCCUCGGCGUUCCCCUGCUUUCGAACUACUCACGUAGCCGAAGACGCCGUCGUCGACGCCGUUCGCUCUGCUAAGUACAACUCUUACGCUCCGACUGUUGGCAUUCUUCCCGCUAGGAGCGCUAUUGCAGAAUAUCUUUCUCGUGAUCUUGCAUACAAAUUAUCGCCAGAUGACAUAUAUGUCACUACUGGUUGCACACAAGCAAUUGAAGUGGUGCUGGCAGUGCUUGCUAGUCCAGGCGCCAAUAUUCUGCUUCCAAGGCCGGGCUUCCCAUAUUAUGAAGCUCGCACAGCUUAUAACAACCUUGAAGUUCGUCAUUUUGAUCUUAUCCCAGAAAAAAGUUGGGAAGUUGAUCUUAAUGCUGUUGAAGCACUUGCAGAUGAGAACACUGUUGCAAUGGUUAUAAUAAACCCAAGCAAUCCUUGUGGGAAUGUCUUUACAUACCAGCAUCUGAAAAAGGUAGCAGAGACUGCAAGAAGGCUUGGAAUUCUAGUUGUUGCUGAUGAAGUUUAUGACCACAUUGCUUUUGGGAGCAAUCCUUUUGUGCCAAUGGGCGUGUUUGGGUCCAUUGUGCCAGUUCUCACACUUGGUUCUAUGUCAAAGAGAUGGGUUGUUCCUGGUUGGCGCCUUGGUUGGUUAGCAACAUGUGAUCCCAAUGGCAUCCUCAAAAACUCUGGGAUUGUCAAGAGUAUUAAAGACUAUCUUGAUAUCUCUGUGGACCCUGCAACCUUCAUUCAGGGGGCAGUUCCUCAAAUUCUUGAGAUGACACAGGAAGAUUUCUUUUCGAAAAUUAUUGCUUUACUAAGGGAGGAUUCAGAUAUCUGUUAUGAUAGGAUCCAGGAAAUCCCUUGCAUCACUUGCCCGCACAAACCAGAAGGAUCCAUGUUUGUUAUGGUGAAGUUAAACCUUUCGCUACUAGAAGACAUCAAUGAUGAUAUGAAUUUCUGUCUUAAGUUGGCUAAGGAGGAAUCUGUGAUUGUUAUGCCUGGAUGUGCUAUGGGAAUGAAGAAUUGGCUUCGAAUAACUUUUGCCAUUGAGCCAUCAUCUCUUAAAGAGGGACUUGAGAGGAUAAAGUCCUUCUACCAAAGGCAUGCCAAGAGGCAGUAAGACCUAUUCUUCAUUCAAAUAAAAGAAGCAUGUGGUGGCGAUCAAGAUUCAAGACUGCACAUUGAUCUCACAGUUCUGUGUUGGAAUAACAAGAUGGUGAUCAACAACUGCACGUUGAUCUCAAAGUCCUUGUGUUGGAAUAAUGAGAUGGUGAUCAACAAAUGUACGUUGAUCCGAAAGUUCUUUGUUGGAAUGAUAAGAUGGUGAUCAACAACUGCUCGUUGAUCUCGAAGUUAUUGUGUUGGAUAACAAUGUGUUUGUUCGUCCAUGGUUGGACAUUUUAUUUGAAUUACUGGCAUAGUUCUUAAGAUCUUACUUGGUUUUCUUCCUUGGUUCCUGUAAUGUUGGUAAAAUAAAUAUGCAUAUAUCCAUGAUUUCUUUUAGUAA